AUGUCCAAAGUCUUCUCCCAAAUUUCCAAAGUCUUCUAUAUGACGUUAUUGCUUCAACGCAUGAGUCUGCGAGUUGCGCCCGUCAGGUCUCCUCAGCGACCAGUUCGCCCACUAGGCAGAGAACAAAACCAGCCCGCUCAGCUCGAUUUCAGUAGUAUAGAACUUACUCCAAGUCCAAAUGCUGUCGAUAUCCGGGACCGGUGGCUGAGACCAUAUCUUCUGCCACCCCUGGGCCACGAUGAGAUCCCCAAGGUCUAUCAUCCGUUUACGCUACAGUACAUCACCACUAUCCUGAAGACAUAUCCGAGGCAUAUGCUCAAGGACGGUGGACUGCCUCCUAUUAUACAUCCCAUGCAAGUUGCCACGACAGAGAUGCCCCGUACUCUUGCAAACUGCUACAGUCUAGCCCGGAUGUGGGAGCAAGCGGCUCCUGGAAGCGAGGCGAUGGUGAUGAGCACACUGGAGAUGGAGAUGCAGAGACUAGAAAAUGAGAUCCCGCAAAAUGAUUAUGAACAACUCGCCUCCUUCCAAGCCUACCUCAUCUACACCAUCAUGAUAUACUUUUCAUCAUUUGGCAGUGCUUCCACCGUUACGGACAAGAUCAUGAUGACGCUGAUGGAGCUUGCUUUUCGCACCGCUCAGAAUGGUCUGUUCAGCAAAGCAGAGACCACACACUCUCGACCGGACUGGGAAUCGUGGAUCGUUGUGUCGGCCAAACGGCGCAGCAUCUUCACCAUGUACUUGCUCAGCAGUGUGUAUAACUCGGACCGAUGCCUACCAAAUUUCGUCGCUGAUGAAGUGGGCGGAGUGUUCGUGCCCGAAAGUCGGGUGCUGUGGGAAGCCAGCGACCGAGACACAUGGGAAAGAGAGUAUGACCGACAUUUGUUAGAAUGGGGAGACGGAAUGCUGCAAAUCUCGGAGCUCUGGCGAUCAGCGGAGACGGGGACUGCGGAGCGGCGUAGCCGGGUUGAGCGAUGGGUUCAGGGCGUCGACGAGUACGGGAUGAUGCUGUUUGCUGUCUGCGCGCACAUCCAUGGUUGCUGA